AUGGAUGUCGAAGCAGAGGAGCAGGACGUUCUUGUAGCCAACGAACUAUGUGAAGAAAGAAGUGGUGACGACGGACGAGAAGGCGACGAUGAGGAGUUCACGCCUGGUGGUACGAAGGUGAAGACGCCCAAAAAAAGCGCAAGCAAAGCGGCACGGACGCCCACCGCCAAUGUGAGAUCCGGUAGACGCAAGCGUUCACCAUGGAGCCAAACGAGGAGCUUGCAGUCAAAUGGAAAGGGCAGAAAGAGCAAGAGAAAUGGAGCCACCAAGAUGGACGAAACCCCGGAAGCUGGGAUUGACAAUGAGCAAGAGCAUGGCGUUUCCUCGCUGUUCGACGCGAUCAAGAAUGGCAAGGUGUCGUUGGAGAACUUGCUGAGCGAGUGGCGCGAUCGAUUUGAGGAGGACGACGAAAAUGCCUCGAGAGAAGUGCUGAACCUGGCUUGUGGAGGGACAGGUCAGUGCGUCCCUGAAUCAGAGCCGUUGGCACAGCUGAAUAUGGCCGAUUUGGUAAAUCACGUGGAGAAGGGUCUUGAGAAGGCGAACGGAGAGUAUCCUCUGAUGUCUCGUGGAAAAGGCAAGAAAAAGUUCCAGCGCAAUUUCGACGAGUUCUGGGAGUUUUUUGUGAAGGAAUGCUACGAGAGCGAGAUCUUGUUCACAUCGGAGAUUGCGAACAACUUUAUUGACUGGCUAUCGACUUUAUCAAGAAGUAUGCAGUUCCGAGCUUUGACCAAUUCGACAUACGACGACAGUUGCUGUACUGGCAUUGAGAAAUUCCUUAGAGUUGUGGUGCAUCGAUAUCGCGACGUUAUGCCGGAGAUUCGCGUGGCGACCAUGCAGUGUCUCGGCCAUUGGAUCACUACUCUUCCUGAUCAGUUCUUCAAGGACAGUUUUCUGAAGUAUCUUGGUUGGCUCCUGAGUGACAGAUCGGCUGCUGUUCGUUUUGAGGUGGUCGAAAUUUUGUGCGAGCUGUAUGAGAACGACGCAUUUACAGAAAAGUUGGAGCUGUUCACAGCUAAAUUUCUGUCGCGCUAUCUGGAGCUGUGCAGCGACGUGGAUGAUGGUGUUUUUGAGGAGGCCAUUCAUCUUUUAAUCGCUGUUGACAAGCACAGUCUUAUCAGCUCUGAUAUUGAGCUUCAGCCCGUAGAAAAAUUGGUGUUUGAUGCGGAGCAUGAAGACAUUCGCAAAGCCGCCGCGGAGUUUGUGUGUAUUCAAUACGACGCAUUUGGUGUAGCUGUCUCGAAGACAAAGAAUGCAACAUUGAAGAAAGAACAGCUUAACACUCAAGCUAUUGCUCUCGUGGAGUUUGCAGAGGAAUAUAUACAGAAUUAUGGCGUACCAGAGGAUGCGGUGGAGACUCUCGUGGAUGCCUUUUGGGGGCUGGAAGAUUGCCGAAGAAAAAUUACCGUGGCAUACUGCAAGGACAUCCCCAGUUUGUUUCUUUUGUAUCAAGCCGACUCGGAUAAGUUGGCGUUGCUUUUGGAAUUGAUUCCCAUGCUGACCCUGAGGAGUGAGGUGAUUGGCCACCAUAGCAGCCAAAUGAAAGAGCUUCUGGAAAAGCUGAAACACGCGUACCUGCUGCACUCCAACGAAGAGUUGCUAACGAGUCUAUCGCUCUCCAUCACCCACUUGCUUAAAACGGAGCAUGCAUCACUAAAACGGGAAGCAGAAGCUCUCAUGCAAGAGCUGGUUCAGGAGAUUAUGGACAUAACAGAUCGCCUUUUGGAGGCUGAUAUCAAGCUGUUCGAUGACUCCGCCAUUGCUUCUGAUGAUACCCCUAAAGCGAGAAGCAAAAAGGCGAAAGGGAGAAAGAAGAAGGGCGCCAAAACCAAGGAAAGUUCAGAUGUCGACAUCGAAGAAUACGCAAAGCAAAAUAUUUCUUCGAAUGCUGCCAGUGAAUACACCGAGGCUGUUGAUCCGGCCGUCCAGAGUCAGAUUCAGAAGGUGUGUCAAUCUCGGUCCACGCUCGAAGAAGCGCUGAGUUCUGUGUUGGAGAUGCAUUUGGCUAGGACAAAAGAAGUAAUGGAUGAAGAGCACAAGGACAGCGAAGAUAUGCAAGACAUACAGUCGGUGGAGUCCAUGGAAGAGAUUGUGUUCGAAGACGAGGACGUCGUAUCGUAUGUGAAAGAGGCGCAACGCUUUGCGUUCUUAACGUUUUGCGAUAUUCGGUGUUUGUUCGUGGAGAAAUUUCAGGAUGCCACCCCACCAUACGAUGCGUUGGAAUGGACAUUACCGAAUGUACUUCGUCAUCUCACACAAAUGCACUUUGAAAGUGAGAUGGACGAUGCCGAGGACGAGGAGCCAGAAUUUGAAGACGAUGUGGUGAAGAAUGACCCUGAGGUUGCAAAGGAGAAAGCCAAUGCCUUUCGUGAAUGGCAAGAAAAACAGCAGCGGAGAGCUGAGCUGCUGGUCGCGCUGGGUCGAGUGGCGUUGUGUAAUCCGAAUAAGAAGUACCAAGCUGCGGCAGUACUGCAGUGUUUCACAUCGAGUGGCAAGUCAAGUGUUGAGGUGGUAAAGGCAUUUGGCAAACAAGUGAAGACGGAUGCCCCUGUACGCUACUUGGAAAUCCAAAUGGCUGCACUUCGUCAACUGUACAGCUCCAUUCUAAUCGGCAAGCAAGACAUUGAGGCUGCUCAAACAAGCGAAGAGAAAAAUGACGACGACAUUGCAGAGCAAGAAGCGGUGAAAGAGAAGGUGGAAAGCAGCGAGUUGGAGCUGAAGGAGUUGGCAAAAAGGUUCAGCCAGUUUCUCGGAGUAGACAAAGUCCCCUUAUCUUUGAGAGCGCCAUUUUUGCGCUUUUUGCGUGAAGGUGUCCGCUAUGCUCUUGAGCAACCGGCCCAGUUUGAGUUUUUGGAGGCUAUGCGUGUAUACGUGUCACGUCUAGACAACACGAGCAUGGCACAACUACGCGAAUAUUUCAUGGAACGACGUAAAACACUACACGAUGUUCCCGGUGAUAGUGAAGAUCUGGACUCGCGAUGGCGAGCAUUGUUCGAUUUCCAGACAGCAAUUACGUCUACUGUCGCAGCAGGCAAGAUGAAUUCGACUGGUGCGAUGCUCUCGCCUCCGCUGAGAAAUAAACGACGAUUUGCUAGCUCUGAGCCUACUCCAAUGCAAGGAACAUCUAUCGCAGAAGAGGACGAAGGUGAGAACGUAGAACGCGAGGAUAAUGCAGGUGAGAAGACGGAAAGCGCUGCUGGUGAUCAAACUGAAGCGAACAAGGCUGGACACGAAGAGCAGAUUGAUCAUAAUAAUCGACACACGUCAUCAGGACACAAACGCUUUGCUGUGGCUGAUGAAGGUUUUGACGUGGCAGAGUCGUUGCUUCCUCGCAAGCGGAUGCGGCGUUCAGGUAAUGCUAACGAGGCGGAAGCGAGUGGUGACGAGGCGAACGACCUCGAUCAUCAACUUCAGAGUGAGUCGAAGAGCGAGGAAGAAGAGCCACCUCAAAGUGAUUACGAAGUGCAGCCCGCGGCUGGAGACAAGGAAGAUGACAAGAGAACGCAUCGAAAUCGACGUCGUGCAUGAAUCCGCGAGUUAAGUUGCACCUAGUUAUUUUAACGCGAUGAGUAGUGUAUUUCU